CCUGAAUUUGAGCUGUCGUAAAAUUACCCGCCAGAUGGUGCAGCCUGUGCUGCAUGAAAGCAGAUAUGGCUGCUAUACAUCGAGUUGCAUUGAAAACAAUUUAUUUAUCACCAACCGCUGUCUGUUCUGCUGGACCAGUUCGUGUUCAACACCAGCAAUCAUGCAAAUACUCUGAAUCAUCCGAAUUAAGGAUCAUCAAAAAACCAACAACUGCAUCACUCAAACGUGGUACAGGUGGACGUAGUUCAUUCAAUGGAAUUGUAUGUACAGUUUUCGGUAGUACGGGAUUUCUCGGACGAUAUGUCUGCAAUCGUCUGGGAAAAACCGGUACUCAGAUAAUACUGCCAUAUCGCGGUGAUUCUUAUGAUGUACUGCCAUUAAAAUUAACUGGUGAUCUUGGUCAAGUAUUAUUCCACCCGUUCCAAUUACGUGACGAGGAUUCAAUAAGAAAGUGUAUGAAAUACUCACACGUUGUCGUUAAUUUAAUUGGACGAGACUGGGAAACUAAAAAUUUUAAGUUCGAUGAUGUUCAUGUUGAAGGAGCACGAAGACUUGCUAGAAUAGCUCGCGAAUCUGGUGUCGAGCGAUUCGUUCACGUUUCCAGUCUAAAUUGCAGUGAAAAACCCACGCCAAUAUUGAUGGAAGGAGGUUCGAAUUUCUUAAAAUCAAAGUGGUUCGGUGAGCUUGCAGUGAAAGAAGAAUUUCCAACAGCGACAAUUGUGAGACCUGUAACAGUCUAUGGACAGGAAGAUAGAUUUUUGUCUGCUCUUUCCAGUACAUGGAGAAAACACUUCAGAGGAGUACCAGUUGUUGGAAAAGGUGAAUCGAUAAUAAAACAGCCACUCUGGGCAGGUGAUUUUGGUGCUGGUAUUGCAGCCAUAGUAAAAGAUCCAUCAACUGCUGGAAAAACUUAUCAAUUCGCUGGACCAGAGCGUUUUAAGCUCUCGGAUCUCAUUGACUGGAUGCAAGGAUACAUACGAUUUGAUCCAGUCGAAUACGGAUACCGGAGGCUUGAUUUAAAUAGGUCUCCGCUAUUUAAACUGAAAGUAUCUCUUGCUGAAUUGAGUGUCAAUCACCCUCUGGGGUACUUGCACUGGGAAGGAUUAGAGAGGGAAAGUACUACAGAUGUUCUCGAGGCUAAUUUACCAACAUUAGCGGAUCUUGGAGUCCAACCAAUGCGACUGGCAUCACGUAUACACUGGGAAAUGAAGUUAUACUUUGUAGAAGAAUAUUACAUGCAGUCUGUUGGUGAAUUUUCAAAACCAGUUGCUCCAAAGCCCGUGGAGACGGUCAUGUAAAAAUAUUUAUAUAGAAAUAAAAUAAUAAUUAUUUAAAAAAAAAAUAAAUAAAUAAAAUAAAAAUGACAGCAUUGGUUACAAGUAAUUUAAAACCUCAAUGUAUAGUAGAUUUGUAUUUAGUUGUAAAAAUAAAGUUACAUAAAAUCUCA